AUGGCAGAUCACGACGAUUUUGAAGAUAGCCAAUAUCCCGACAACGACGAAUUUGUGCCUUAUGUGACUGCCGGUAACCUGGGAAAAAAUGGCGCGAAAGUUACGCUGUGGGGCAAAGUAACCAAAGUUACGGCUAGUGAAGGAUUCUAUGUGAAAACGGUAGACGAUCAGGAGGUUCUUAUCAAAUUGAAGCAUCCUUUGAAUGAACCGUUAGAAGGCUGGUACGAGAUAUACGGAGUUGUUCAUGGGAAGACAGUGAUGUGUGAUGAAUAUGUUCCUUUCCAUGAAGAAAUGACAAAGAAUAUCGACCUCGAGGGUCACAAAGCGCUGGCGAGGUUGUUAGUGGCUAUUGAUGAACCUUGGAAAUUGGGAAAUGACCAAGAUUCAAUAAAAAGUUCCAUGACAGGUGUUGUACCAAUGGAAUGA